AUGAAUUUGUUUCUUUGCCUUGUAUUGUCCCUACAGGACGUGGCGGCCUUGAUAAGAGAAAUGCAAGAGCUGAAGAAGCAGGUAGGGGCGCUGAAGAGCGGGAGGGCGGCGGACGACAUAAAGGAGGAGCUGGUCCAGUACGCCGGCAGGCCGGAGGCGGCAUUUGAUGCGCAUCGUGCCCUGGCGUUAGUGGAGGCUCUCGUCUCACAAGCUAGAAAGGAGGGGCAUGCCAAAGCAAAAGAAUACUCGAUUAUUCUGGACCAAAUCUCACCGUUGGUAUCAGAACCAUUCUUUAGGCAUCUCGUAGUAAACCAGUUUGGAUGUGGCAUAGUAAAACAGGUAGCGCGAGAUAUCGCGCAAUUUGUAAAGUGCCAGGGUAACCUCUCGAAGGGGUCUACAGCCUCUAAGGGGAAACAACCUAGGGCUGGCCCCUAUAGCGCUAAAGGUAAAGGUGCCAAGAGCCCGCGAACCGCACGACCAGGAGAUAGGUGUUUCAAUUGUGACAAGUUGGGUCAUUUCGCAAGAGACUGUAAGUCAGAGAAAAAGAGUUAAUCGGAAGCCGUGUGACGAUUGUAUAUGUCGUACACUUGUGUUUUUGUACAUUUUGUGCGGAGUUGUAACGACACAGUUUCCCUGAUAACUUGCAAGUGAAUAUGUUGU